AUGAGUAUAAAAAGAUUAGAUGAAAUAGACCCAGUUAUAACAGAGGACUUGGAGUUUCAAAAUAAAUCUUUGUAAGGGAAAAUUUUCUGCGGAAGUAUUGUAAAUUGCUCAAAUGGUGAUAAUGAUCUAAUAGAUUUAACUGAAAUUUCUAACACUAAUGAAGCUUAAGAAAAGAAAUAUAAAUCAUCGAAUAAUAUAUAAAAUAUCCCAUUUAUCUUAAGCAGCUAAACUUAAGUAAGAGUGAAUGAAUAUUAGCAAAGUUCAUUAAAAGUUAAUAAUUUUCAUUAAUAAAUUAGCACAAUAAAAGAAAACAAUAAUAAGGAAAUAAGUAGAAUUAAUGAGGCAGAUAUUACCAAAGUUGAUUCGGAUAAACAUAAGCCAAUAACUAUAGAAGGACUCAAUAGUGAAAUUUCUAAAGCAUAAAAUAGUGUCAUAGAAAGAUUUAAACUUUCUAAUAGCGAAAAAGAAAGCUAAAAAAAUGAUUCAAAUAUUGAUACAAGUAACAAUUAAUCUUAAAUAAGGUCAGAAAUAACAUAUACAAGACAAAGUUAAUAAAAAAUAAGGAGAUAAAGUAGAGAAAACAUUGAAAAAGCUGCAAAUAUAUUAAAUAAUGCAAUUAGUAAAUCUAUGAAUAGAGUUUAAAGAAUAAACUAACAUAUUGAUAUUGAAAUUCCUCUAUUUAUGCCUACAAAUACAUUUAAAAUUUAUUGGGAUAUCCUACAAACUAUCUAUACUUACUUGUUUAUAUACAUUUACUCUAUUUUAAUUUUCUUUGCUAUGUAGGAUUAAGAUUCUAUCUUUAUAAAACAGUAUUACCAAUACACUUACAUAUUUUUCUUAGUUGAUAUACUUAUUACCUUUAAUACUGCAUACUUUAAAAAAGAUGUGAUUAUUACUAAUCGUAAAUAAAUAGCUUGGAAAAAUUUAUCUUCAAGUGUUUUCAUAGCAGAUGCUAUAACUUUAGCUACUAUGGGUUUGAAAUUAAUAAUAUAAAAUUCUCAUAUAGUGUAUAAUCCUGAUAACAGUUUUAUCAACUUUGCAAUUAACUUAUUAGUAUUUUUAAAAUUAUAAAGUGUCAAUUAAAAGAAAAAGCAUUUUAGCUAUGCUUUUACCUUAAAAAAUUACUAAAAGCACAUUAUGAAAUUAUUUAACUAACUCUUUAUUGUUAUUUCUGUAGCUCAUAUUGUUAGCUUAGCUUGGCACAUUUUGGCUUAGUAUGAAAUUUAAAAUGGGUAUUCGGUUUUAUGGAUUUAAAAAUAUAAUUUUAAUGAUUUGACAUACAUUUAGCUGUAUUUUUAUUCUAUCUAUUGGUCAAUUACAACAAUGACAACAGUUGGUUACGGGGACAUAUCAGCAAGUAAGUAGUAAAUUAGCUCAUAAAUUUGA